CAAUCCCCCCUGCAGACUCUUCCUAAUUUCCCUCAAGAGACUCCACCCUAGCUAUCUGUGGGGCUUGCAUCCCGUCACAGAUCGGGAUGUGAAUCACAUAAAUAGGGCCAUAGCCAAAGACACAAACAACUGCGACCAGUUUUCUUAUCGCCAACCACCGAAAACACGAUGUGUAACUACGAGAGACUCGAUUAUUCGUGUGGGCAUUCCAAAACCAGUUCGAGUAUAAAAUAUUGCGAUGCGUAUGGCACCACCAAUCCACAUGCGCCUCAGAGUGUAGUCAAGGUGGCCGGCAAGUGCGGCGAUUGUGCGACGAAGAAGGGAUAAAGGGGAGUCUCAAUGUGGAGCUACCUUUCAUCCUGGGGCUCUAUGCGCUGUUCAAAUCACCACCACACUCUUUUUGUAUCACAAACUCUUUUUGUAUCGUACUCGUUGGCAGGCUGAGACUUCGACGUCUACCGUAGGACACACUCAUUACACAAUUGAGCGCGUAGGGCGUGAGCA